AUGCAAGCAAUAGUAUUAAUUGUGUUGUCUAUGGCCUUGUGUUAUGCACAAGUUCAUACGCCGUACAAUGAUUUGCCGAACCGAAUAGGUAACUUUUCUAUAGAAGCAUUAUACCAUACAUCGCGAACAUUACAGGAUGGACAAAAUAUUAUUAUGUCUCCGCUGACUAUUUGGACUGCACUCGCUGCUAUCGCCGAGGGUGCUCAGGGAGGCACAAGAGAAGAGAUCUUUAACGCAAUUAGAUGGAGAGGGACAAGAGAUAUUUCAAACAGCUACAGAGAGAUCAGUCAGUGGUUGAAAGUGAACACUUAUACGGUGAAACUAACGAAACUAAAUACCAUGUUUGUUGAUCAAAAAAGUUUAGUACUAAGGCAUUAUCAGGACUUAGCUAAAGUGAAUUAUGAGAUGGAUGUCAUUAGUUUAAACUUCAGUGACAGUGUUGUUGUAGCCAGUGUGUUAAAUAGAGCCAUUGCGGAUUUCACUAACGGUGUCAUAAAACAAAUCGUUGAGCCCGACUAUUUUCAGAACUCAAAUAUGGUGCUAGUAAGUGCUAUAUAUUUCAAGGGGCAGUGGUCUGUCCCGUUUAACACGAGUGAAACCAAAAGAGCGCCCUUCUAUGACAGCGAAGGUCAGACAAUUGGAGAUGUGAACAUGAUGCAUAAAAGAUAUACAUAUCCACUCUCAAACUUUAGACAACUACAAGCCAGGGUUAUAGAACUGCCUUAUGGUGACCGAAAUAGGAUGUCCAUGUUUGUUAUGCUACCGAAUCCUGGCGUAUCUGUUGAAAACAUGCUUAGAAACAUGCAAAAUCUAAAUCUUGACUCAUUUUUUGAAGAGAUGAGAAUAUCCAAAGAAGAAUAUCCAGAUGAUGAAGUAGAUUGCUUCUUUCCCCGUUUCAAAGUGGAGUCGGAGAUUGAUUUAGUUGACGUUUUACAAAAAAAUUUUGGUAUUACGGAUUUGUUUGACCCAAAAAAUGCACGUUUAGGUCUAAUAGCGAGGACGCCGGUGUACGUAUCUAAAAUGUUCCAUAGGGCUCAAAUAGAAGUGACCGAAGAGGGUACAACAGCUGCUGCCGUGACUGUGGCUGAGUUCAAAAGCCGUAGCGGCAUUGUAACCUUCAAGGCUGAUAGACCUUUUGUAUAUCUCAUAGUAGAAAAAGAGACUAAUACUAUUGUUAUAUGUGGACUUUAUAAGCAACCUUCCCUAUACUGA